AUGUCGAACUUGCGUGACCAACUAGUCCAAGAUGGUUUUGUGCGGAUCCCUUCAGCUCUUCCACAGGAUCAACUUGAAGCUCUGAGGGCUGCUUGUCAAGAUGUUACUCAGCUAGCAAGAGCCGGAGACUCAGACACAUCGAAAGGCAUCUGGGGUGUCCAACACCUCAUGCACCCGGAUCUCCCUCAUCACAAUACCUUCGCCGCAUCGUACUUUGCGCCUUACAUCAUCAACGCAGUGACCGAAAUCCUACAAUGUAGCCCUAGCGACCUGGUGCUAGAGUUAUACAACCUCUUGAUCCGUCCUGACGCGGACUUCGCUCUUCGGUGGCAUCGGGAUGACAUUGGUCCGGAAGUGUCAGCUCAAGAGGAAUUGAACCGUCUGCAGGAGCCCAUGCUGCAUGCCCAAUGGAACUUAGCCUUGUAUCCUGAUCGUUCUUUAGUCGUCGUACCCGGCUCCCAUGUACGUUCAAGGACAGAAGAAGAACGAAGCGCAGACCCAUUCGAAGAAAAUUUGCCAGGACAAAUGGUCGUCGAAAUGAAUGCUGGCGAUAUCAUCUUCUACAACAACAACAUUCUACAUAGAGGCGUCUACAGCAGCGAAGCGGAGAGGAUGACUUUACAUGGAUCCAUGGGUAUUGUUGGCGCUGACCCCGCCAGAGCUAGGAACGUGCUGCAGCAUGGAGUCGGUGCUUGGGUUGAUCGUUGUGACUUCAGCAGGUUACAAGACCAGGUAAACGAUCAACAGCUUUCUACUUUGGCACAAGACAUGCGAAGCAGGCUGGUCACGAUGGGCUCGGGCCAGGUUCUGAGCUUCUCCCAGCCGUUCAACGAGUGA